AGAAUGUAAAUUUAACAAUAUUUGACAGCACACGAAGCUCUUACGUAAAUCUUAAAAUCUCCAGCUUCGAGUACAGGAACUGCACAGAGAACAUCCUGAAAUACAAAUUUUGUGUAAGAUUUUGUCGAUCCUGAAGGGAUUGUGGGGAUUUCACUGAAACCCUAUGUGUCAUGUGCUGGCUCAGACAUGCCCUACAUCAUUGUGCCCAAAUUUCCUGUCUUUACAUCGCUUAACAAAGAGCAGAGAUAUUACAGCGUCGGAGACCAAUCAUAUUCACAUGAAAACACAAUACAGCGCCUGUCGAAGAGCCAAGCAAGAUUUAGCGUUUCAAUUCAAUAUACCGGGUGGCUAGUAUUUUAUUUGUCGCAAAGAGUUUCCCCGCUUUUCAGUGGUUUCUGGUUUCUGACCACAUUGCCAUCCUGCAUGAGAGGAAAAAAAUGAACAGCCUAUCAGCUCACAUCGUGUUUCAUAUCCCCUCUUCCACACCCUCCUGCUGUAGGGGCGAGAAGACGGCAUGUUAUUGAGAUUCUACAAGCGCAGCGACAGAAUCGAGUAAAACUGCCAUGGAGAAUGGAAUACACGGAGUCCAAGCUGCUCAAACAAAUGGCCUGGACUCGCAGCAAAAACCAAAUGGACAAGCAACAAGUGCAAUCAGCAACAUGCAGGCACAAGCCUUGCUCCAGCAGUUGAGUCUGAGUUCAGCGCAGCAGCAGCAGUUGUUCCUGCAGCAGGCUCAGCAGAUCCUGGCAGCCGCUGUGCAGCAGCAGUCCGCAAGCCAGCAGAGUAGCACCACUGGAGCCAACAUCUCUGCUUCUGCUGCUACACCCAUCACUCAGAUCCCUCUCUCUCAGCCUAUCCAGAUUGCACCCCAGCUGCAACCUACGGGUCUUAACCUGCAGCAGUUUGUGUUGGUGCAGCCAGGACAGCUUCAGCCUGCUCAGUUUAUCAUCUCCCCUCCACCUCAAGGCCAGACUGGACUUCUACAAGGCCUUCAAGCCCAGAAUCUUCUGACACAACUACCUCAAAGUCAAGCCCAGAUCCUGCAGCCUCAGCCAAGCAUUGCUCUGACGACACAGGCAGCAAUACCUACAAGAAAGAUAGCCGCUAUGCCAUCUGCUGCACCACCCACAGCGAAGCGGAUGGAUGUUCCUUUAGUGGAGGAGGCCAGUGAACUAGAGGAGCUAGAGCAGUUUGCCAAGGCAUUUAAACAGAGACGGAUUAAACUGGGCUUUACUCAGGGAGACGUUGGCUUGGCCAUGGGGAAGCUGUACGGGAAUGACUUUAGCCAGACCACCAUCUCCCGUUUUGAGGCCUUGAACUUGAGCUUCAAGAACAUGUGCAAGCUCAAACCUUUGCUGGAGAAGUGGCUCAAUGAUGCUGAAAAUAUGACCUCAGAAUCUGCUGUUUCCAGUCCCAGCGACAUGUCCCCUGGCAUUUGCGAGGGUCUGAACCGACGGCGUAAGAAAAGAACCAGCAUUGAUACCAACAUUCGCAUUGCCUUGGAGAAAAGCUUUCUGGAGCAAAGCCAAAAGCCUACCUCUGAGGAGAUCACCAUGAUCGCAGAUCAGCUCAACAUGGAGAAGGAGGUGGUGAGAGUGUGGUUCUGUAACCGGCGACAGAAGGAGAAGAGGAUCAACCCCCCGAGCAGCGGCACACCCAACACACCCAUCAAAGCGGUCUAUACCAACUCCCCAUCAGUGAUAUCCAGUGCAUCAAGCACACUGAAUGCCAGUCCAGCGCUCUCUCUCAGCACUGCCUCUGUUCCCAACCUCACACUUGCCGUGCCUGAUUUUCUCUUGACUUCAGGUACAACUCUAGGACCCGUCACCUCAAACACAGCAACGGUCAUCUCUUUGGCACCCGCUCUUGCCACUCCAGCUCCACCUGUGACCUCCCCAUCACUCACUCCCUCUGCUACAGCAGCAAUUCUGACCAGUACAAAACAGGAAGUGGUCAGGACAACAGAGCCCGGGUCCACCAUAGCAACGUCAACUGCACAGGGGCCUGGACAGCUUGUCGUGUCUCCUGCAGGGCUAGGUGGAGCAAACCUGGCAGCCAUGGCAGCAGCAGCAGGACUUAACCCAGGGAUUAUUUCACCUUCCCAGCUAACACAGGGAGGGGCAUUGCUAAGCUUAGCACCUGCAUCUCUCGGCAGUGCUCUGACUCCAACAGCACUGAUGAACAACACUACACUGGCCACUAUUCAGGCUCUUGCAUCUGGAGGGGCGCUACCAAUAACCUCUAUCGACGGAAACGGCAACAUGCUGUUUGCCAAUACCAGCGCAGGAGGUCCCACGCCCAAUCUGAUGACCACUCCAGUUCUUUUCAACUCACCCCUGUCUCUGCUCCCCGCCGGUGUGCUCUCAUCGGGCGGAGCUGGGGGCGGGGCCCUCAACCUACAGGUUACUGGUGAUGCGCACCAGAGCGCUGUGCCAGUCAAAAGCAUCACUGUGGCCUCCAAGGCUCAAUGAACAUUUUGCUUCCUCCCUCUCUCUUUUUAGACAUUAUUUAAUCCCUUUGCUACUACCAAAUAUUGAGACGUUUUAUUAUAACUAUGAAUUUUUAUCCUUGCGCCAGGAGAAUUUGUUACCUUAUUUUUUGUUUUCUUUUGGACAAACCAACUGUCUGUCUUAGCAGCUGUUUAAGAGCCUUCAUGGAAAUUAUUUGAUGGUUUAGUGGUACUGAUUUUGGCACAUGCUGACGAAGCAGUUGGAAUCCUUCUAGACUUUAUUUUUGCAUGGGUUGCGGGAUGUUUUUCAUGAAAUCGAUCUCUUUUUUUUUUUUUUUUUUUUUUUUUUUUUUUU